GAGCUGGCUUUCAUGGUUUGUUUUUUUCUCCACAGCUGACUCUGGCCUCUUUGCUCAGCUCACCCCUGAGCAGAGUCGACGGAGCUCAGUGGCCAGCACUUCUGGGUGGAUGGCGCCUGAAGUGGUGACAGGUCAACCAUGUGGCCCCAAAGUGGACAUAUGGUCUUUUGGAAUCAUGGGCAUCGAAAUGGUGGAACGAGAAGUUCCUUACUGGAAUGAAACUCCUGUUUCGCCUCAACUCCUGAUAGACAUACGAGGGACACCAAAGCUGCAGCAGCCCAAUCGAUUCUCGCCUUGCCUGCGUGACUUCCUGAGCUGCUGCCUGCUGAGAAACGAGGCACAGCGCUGGUCAGCCAAGGAGCUCCUGCAGGUAAAAUGCAAAGGGGCUGCAGGUGAAAGAGUGUCUGAGGGAUGGGCUCCUCCUCCAGUGAGGUCCAAGGCAUCAGAUGAGCCCCCGUUCCUCCUCACCUCCACUCUUGGUGCUGUUCAAAUGAAAACAGUGAAGAAUCCUAGACUGGGCUGGCAGGGCCCUGUGAAGGUCAUCUGGUCCAAGUGUCCUGCAAUGAGCAGGGACAUCUUCAAAGAGAUCAGAUUGCUCAGAGCCCUUUCCCACCUGACCUGGAAUACCUGCAGGCAUGGGGCACCUACAAGCUCUUGGGACAACCUGUGCCGGUGUUGCACCAUGCUCUGAGUAAACAAGUUCUUCCUUAGA